GAAGAAGAGGCAAUGCAUUAACGUAGUUGUAUUCGUUGUUAGAGGAAGUCAGAGGCUCGUCUAACGACGUAUGCGUUAAAAUUAAAUCCAGCCGGAGGCCGACGGCUACGUCUUGCCGACGGCGACGACGACGGCGAUGUUACGACGAGAUGCGUCCUCUAGCUCAGUCUCAAGAGCAUACCCUGGCUGUACGGAUGUUCUGAUCUUCGAUAUUUUUUUCUUUGUAUUUUCGUGCUUUUAUCAUCGAUUUCAUCGAUAGUACGUUCAAUACAUUCAUUUAUAGUUGGCGGCAUAAAAAGUGCAAAUACAUUCAUUGAAAAACAACGAAUUUUUGCUGAACUAUUCUCUUCAUUCUAUUUCUUCUAUUAUAUUCUACUUCUCUUAAGCACGAGGAAGAUGGAUCGAGAUGAUGAAGAUUUUGGAGAGGGUUUCAUCGCAGAAUCUCAUCCACUUAGGCCAACGCAUCUUUCUGUCCCUCUUAGUGGUCGACCAGAUUCUAGAGCACCUAGUAUCAGUAGCAGUGUCAGUGAUUUGGAUGUUCCAAUUUAUACUCGAGAAACCACUAUACCUGUUUCUGCUGGAAAACUGCUUUAUGAUGGAAAUGGAAAACGACAAGUCAAGCAAUAAAAUUCAGGAGCAGGCUACAACAAGUACGCCUUCAAAUCCGGUGCAGGAGGAUAAGAAAUUGGGUUUAAACGGACGAUUAGCAUUUGCUAUUGCAGCUGCUGCACUUGGAUCAUCAUUUCAACAUGGAUACAAUACUGGUGUCGUCAAUGCACCUCAGCAGCUUAUUGAAGAUUGGAUCAGUGACUUGAAGAUGAACCGUACCGGUCAAGUAACAAAACAAUCAGAAGUGACUAUGAUAUGGUCAAUAGCGGUGUCGAUAUUUUGUGUAGGCGGAAUGAUCGGUGGUUCUCUGGUGGGUUCGAUAGCCGAUCGUUUUGGUAGAAAGGGUGGUCUGUUAAUAAACAACAUCCUAGUUCUCUUGACAGUAAUUUUCGAAGGCUGCGCCAAAACAGCAAAGAGUUAUGAAAUGAUAAUUAUAGGAAGAUUUCUGAUUGGUAUUAAUGCAGGAUUAAACGCUGGUCUGGCGCCUAUGUAUUUAUCUGAAAUAUCACCUAUUCAUCUACGAGGAGCUGUUGGAACGGUUUAUCAAUUAGUUAUCACUAUGUCUAUUUUGGUAUCACAAAUUCUUGGAUUAGAACAAAUUUUGGGUACGGCCGAACAAUGGCCUCUUCUUUUAUGCUUGACGAUUGUGCCUGCAAUCUUCCAAGUAAUUGCUCUUCCAUUCUGUCCCGAAAGCCCGAAAUAUUUGUUGGUCACUAGAGGAAAGGAUAUGGAAGCUCAGAGAGCUUUAGCUUGGUUACGUGGCACGAUCGAAGUUCAUGAUGAAAUGGAAGAAAUGAGGACGGAAUAUGAAUCAGUAAAACUUGUGCCAAAGGUUACAUUGAAAGAAUUAUUUGUAAAUUCUACUCUUAGAAUUCCAUUAAUAAUUGCGCUUAUGGUUAUGUUUGCGCAACAAUUAUCUGGUAUAAAUGCUGUAAUGUUCUUUUCGACGAAAAUCUUUAUGAUGGCACAGUUGGAUAAAAAUGCGGCUCAAAAUGCAACAUUAGGUGUUGGAGCAAUGAAUGUUCUUAUGACUUUUAUUUCUUUAAUACUUGUUGAAAGAGCUGGAAGAAAAACAUUGAUGUUAAUUGGAUUUUCUGGAAUGUUUAUCGAUACUGCCUUACUCGCUAUUUGUCUUGCUUUUGCAGAAACAUCUCGUGCAGCAGCUUAUUUCUCAAUCGUAUUGGUAAUCAUGUUCGUAGUUCUGUUUGCAACUGGACCAGGUAGCAUACCUUGGUUUUUAGUAUCUGAAUUGUUUAAUCAAUCUGCAAGACCUGCAGCAACAUCCGUUGCUAUAGCAGUUAAUUGGACGGCAAAUUUUAUCGUCAGUAUCGGAUUCCUACCGUUGCAAGAAGCACUAGGUGCUUACGUAUUCAUUAUUUUCGCCGCUUUACAAGCAUUCUUCGUUUUCUUCAUUUAUAAGAAAGUGCCUGAAACGAAGAACAAAACAAUGGAGGAGAUUAGUAGCAUGUUUAGACAAAUAUCGUAUCAGUAAGAAUUUUUAUAUUGCACUUAGAGAAUUAAUUACAAUAUUUUUAAAGAAACAUUUCACAAAUGAAUGAAUCGAAUGUAGGUACGUAAUUUUUUUAAAAAAUCCGUGACUUGACUAUAAUAAGUAUAUCUAUUUUUAAAAAAUAUAUUUUUAUUACGUUUUUAUAAAAAUUAAAGAUAAUAUUUUUUAGUUAAAAUUAUAUUUUUAUUUUAUGAUAAAUUAAAAGAAUAUUAGUUUAAAUUUUGCAUAACUUUUAAACAUAAUUUAAAUGCUGUCAAGUCACGCAUAUUUUUUAAGAAGUUUGACUUUUAAUUUUAAAUUUAAACUUAGUUCCUAUUGUUACCGGCACAAUAAACUUAUAGCAACAAACAAGAAGAGUAUCAGAUUAAUAACAAAAUAUAAAAGAACUAGU